AUGGGCACACUGUCAUCACUGUCCCUGGGCCUGACAAUGGCCUUAGCCUGCGUCACAAUGGUAGUUACCAAGCACUGCUAUUAUUGUGACCUUACCAAUAUGGGCAACUGUGUGGGCAUUCCCAUGCACUGUGGGGAAGAAGAGGAUUGCUACUUUGGACAAGGCACAGCCACCGGCCUCACCCACGUUAUCAACAAGGGGUGUGUGGAAGCCACUCGCUGCAGUAGGGAGCAACGUAUCAGUUACAUGGGGGUCACCUACAACUUCCUCACCUACUGCUGCAGAGGGAACCUGUGCAAUGCUGGCCCUCCCAGCCCAAAGCUAGCCCAGCGGAGCAUCAACACCAUGAUCGCAGGGCUGACCUUCACCCUCCUUCUGAACUGGAUGCUGUGA